GUAUGGAGUGAUUAACUGGGUUUAUGUGGAGAGUGUAGAUUUAGCAGUGAUGGUGCUGAGCCCCGUGGGCAAGUGAUGUUUAGGAUUUUUCUUAAUUUGGAAAGUUGGAGGUUUAGAAAUUUAGAGGUACUUUUGAAUUAACCAGUCAUCUUCGCCCAUCACUGUACUCGUCGUUUUCUCGAAGACUGAAGGCCAUGAACAAAGCUUGCGACCAACCGUCCGGUUGUUCAGAAGCGCCGAGGAGCCAACAGAUCCACAGUUGGGCCAAGGAAGCUGAAGAAGCUGAACGUCUUGAAAAGAUGCUGAAGAUCGAGAACGAGGAAAACGCAGCUGCAAAUAAUCUAGCUUUGGCCAUUCAGAGUCGCAACGAAGCGAGAGCGAGUCAAUCCGAUAAAUUUUUCGACUCGUUGAUCGACAAAUACGCGAAGAAAGCGGAGAAAACGACGAAAAAGAAAGCCACGCCCGCGAAGACCGUGAAAAGCCCGAAAAAUACGAAGAAAACAAAAAAAAAGGCGUAGAAUAGUUUAAUUUGUAUACGAAUCUCCCUCCACGUUAGAGUAUCCGCGAUUUUUAUAACUUAAUUAAUUAAUUUGCGAAGAUCGCCAUCGCUCUCCUGUAUAAUUGUUUUUAUGAAACAAAUGGUAAUAAUUUAUGUUUUGUAAAUUCGAAACGUGUAACUGUCACGCUGGUUCGAUGGAAUUCUUUGUAAUUAUAUGUAGAUAUACAUGUCAUCGUUCAAAUAUACAAUUUGAAUAUACAA